GAGGGCUGGAGAUCACCACGGACGCUCCGUCACCGCAGAGGCACCCCUGCACACACACCCACGGGUUUCGGGUGCCCACAAAGGGGAACAACUGAAAACUGCUGUUGCAGAGAGAGCACACAGCAAGCAGCUGAUCAGCUCAUCCAGCCACUUACGACGGGGUGGAAAACUAACUCUGAAACAAAUGCCUUUUAACUGAAACAUUCAUUGAACUCCCCCCAGUGAAACACCUCCAGCAGAUCCAGAGCUUAGAUUAAUUUCCUUCAGCUCGCUAAAGUCAACAUUCCAGGGCUUUAAGGGAUGUGACCUGUAACCUGAAGCUGCUCAAACACCAAAUUAGGGCAGGUUAUGACAUUUUGCCAGGGGUUGCACUGCCCAUUUUACCCAGGGUUCGUAACAGCCCGGCGGCUCCUCCUCUGGCAGAGCUGGGACGCUCUCUGGGACACACUCGUCCCUGCCCGUGACCGGACUUUAAAAUCAGCUUUAGAGAAAACUCUACCAGAUCAUUCCAAGGAGCUGAAUGCACCCCGGGAGGAAGGCAGCAAGCGCAUGAAUCCUGCUCUCUCUGAAUUUCAAGGGCUCUAACAGGCAGAAGAACUAGUUUUGCCCAGUACGGCUCCUCUGCCCCACGCUGGAAAUGUCAGAGCCCAGCAUCCUCCUGCUCCGCGCCUGCCUGGCGCUGCUGGCCAUGCCCAUCUACCUGCUCUCCUUCCUGGGCAUAUGGGAGCCCUUCUGCAAGAAGAUAUUUUUCCCUUUCUUCUUAGAGAAGCUUUCUGCAGUUCACGAAAAGAAAGUGAAGAAGCAGAAGCAGGAGCUAUUCAGCAACCUCCCCGAUUUCAGGAGCCCCUCAGGGGAGCUGAAGCUGCUGGAGAUCGGCACUGGCUGCGGCCCCAACUUCCAGUUCUACCCACCAGGCUGCAGAGUUACCUGCACCGACAUCAACCCCAACUUCCAGCAGGGCCUCUCCAGAAGCAUGAGCAAGAACCAGCACGUCCAGUACGAGCGGUUCCUCGUGGCUGCAGCAGAAGACCUGCACCAGGUGCCCAGCGGGUCCAUGGACGCCGUCGUCUGCACCCUGGUCCUCUGCUCCGUGCAGGACGUGAACGGCACCCUGAGGGAGGUCCAGCGAGUGCUCCGACCGGGAGGCGCUUUCUAUUUCUUGGAGCACGUGGCCGCUGACCGUUCCAGCUGGAGGUACUUUUGGCAGCAGGUCUGUUACCCGACUUGGAAACUCAUCUUUGCUGGGUGCUGCCUACAGAGGGAGACCUGGAAGAAUCUUGAACAGGCCAAGUUCUCGGAGCUGAGCCUGCGGCACACAAGCGUGGAGCUGGCCUGCACCCCCAUCAAGCCCCACAUCAUCGGGUACGCCGUCAAGUAGCUCCCACCCCACUCUCCUGCCCCCCGAGAGCCCUUGGCAUAAUCAACGCACACAAUACGGCAUAGGCUAAUCCAGACCUCCCAAUCCAGGCAGCAUGGUGAAGGACUUUUAAUUAAGUUUCUGAUUCAAGCGUCAAAUGAGAAGAGAGGGUCCGUUUGCUAAGCACCUCUGAAGCACUGCGGCUGACGGUGCCUCACUGGACCCAGUGCAGCCACGAGGGAUCCUGUGGGGCUGCAGGGGAACGGGAACAGCCCAGCAGGCAGGGAAAAAUACGUAUGAGCUCAAAGGAACCACCCGGUAAGCUGUGGGCAGGGACCCUGCAGGGGCUCCCCACGCCGGGGUCAGCCAUCGCAGGGCUGGGCCCGCUCCCCUGCCCACGGUCAUGGCUUCAGCUGGGCCGGUGGUGGCCCCGGACAGUGGCCGGUGCUGUGGCCUGGGGACGGGGACAGCGUGACGGCGCAGCGGUGGCUCCGGUGUCGCUGAGCUCACGAGGCCAUUCCUGCUCCUCACCCCCCAACAGCGAUGGGCUGGGGGGCACCAGGGGCCAGAAGGGGACACGGCCGGGACUGACCACAGGGAUGUUCCCACCACGUGCCGUCGUGCUCGGGGCACAAAGCUGGGGAAGGAGAAAGAAGGGGGGCCGUCGGGAGCGAUGGCGUUUGUCUCCCCAAGGCCCCGCUGGCGGGAUGGAGCCCGGUGUUCCUGGGGACGGCUGAACCCCCCCCGCCACGGGGGGCAGGGCACGGAGCCCUCCCUUCGCUUUGCUUGUGCGCGGCUUUUGCUUUACUUAUUAAACCCUCUUUAUCUCAA